UGGAGCUCGUUGUCUGCAAAAGUGAGAAUUGGUGAUAAGCUCUAAAGUGUGAGAAUGUGACAUGAAUUCUAGCAAGCUGCGAAAGUCUUGCUCCAGGUCCAACCAAGGCUCGUCUGAAAGUGAAAGAAGCAUCAAUAGUAGACCAGAAACUAGAAAUCAAAUGCUAACAUGGUACAUACCAAGGUUUAUUGCUAGCAGUCGUGGGAUUACAGCUCAUAACAAUCGUAUCAAGAAAAUGGCCCAAUCAGCAUGUCAAGAGAGACAGGAAGCUCUGAGUCCACUACAUAACAACAGCAAGCAAUUGUGGGAUGAGUACUAUACAGAUGAUAAAAUUCGUUCUCUCCCAAUCCCUCCAUCACACUUCCCAAGACAGCUUGACUCCAAUCCACCCCAUGCCAACAACAUCACUCACAUAUUCAAAUCGUCCAAUUAUCCGGCCAGUGUCCUCUAUUCGAGAUAUGGCAUUCCACUGUUUCCAAUUAAUGCUCAGUUUGAUACAGCUCACAAAAGUGACAUGGUCUGGCACAACAAACCACUUCAAUCAAUGUUUGCUCACGUGGGAGGAACACAGCGACGCCACUUCACCGUAGCACCCGACUGGAGGCAUCUCUCAAAAACUUUAUAAACAAACUAGAACUCGUUAUUUGAAACAAUAGUAUACGCAUUUGAUUAAAAUGUAGCAAAUUAAAUAAUUGCUAGUUAGAUCCUACUAAAAUUUA